GCAGAAUAUAGAGUUUGCAUCUUCAACAUCUAACAUAGAGCUCAUUCUACAAAUAAAUUACACAGGUAAUUGAGGUUUUGUAGAUUAAAAUUCCUAUUUUUCCCCCCAUUUUUUUUUUGUAUGUUGUAAUCAUUAUGUUUUGUUCAUUAGUUACCAAUUUUUACAUUUUCACAUUAUUUAGUCAAUAAAUUUAAUCGUGAAUUAAGAUAAAAUCUGAGCAUCCACGCAGGAGCUAAGCUUUAUGAGCUGAACCAACUCAAAGUUCCCAUCACUACAAACUAUAGUUGUGGAAAAAUAGUUUAGAUGUAACAGCUGUAAGAUUUAUGAAUACAGUCGCAUUGACAGCAAAGAUCUUUGUCUUUUGUCAUCUUUUGCAUGUGCUUUUUGCAGCAGUAGAACAUGUCCCUCUGUGAUUUAGCUCCAGCUUUAACAUCCUUUACACUCAUGUUUAUUUAUAGAAGCAUGUCCCGUUACAGCUGGUUCAGAGUAGCUCCACAUCUGGUCUGUCACUUGCACUGACUGCAGAGGGGUCAACGGGUUUGUUGCACUGACCUCUUAAAUCGGGUGGAAACAUGAGACUUUGAAGGCAUGAGUUUGUUUUUGUUUUUUAAAUCGGCUCUGCAUCGUACGCAUGAAAUUGACUGAAAAUGAUCAAUAGUAAUAUUUUUAUCUUUUAUGCACUAGCCAUCCGGUUUGGUCGCAUGCCCCAAGCAGAGAAGAUGAAGCUCAAGGAGGAAAGUAAGGUUGUUGAAACAAAAGUAGAAGACGCCAUCAAGGACGACCAUAAGAUUCUGGUCAGACAGAUCCAUGAAGCCUACCUCAAGAACUUCAACAUGAACAAGGCAAAAGCGCGGCUUAUACUAACUGGAAAAACCAGCAAGCCGCCUUUGAUCAUUCAUGACAUGGAGACAUUUCAGCUUGCUGAGAAGACGUUAGCGGUCCACAUGGUGAGGACUGAGUCUGCAGAGUCCAACAGAGACCUUCAAGCUGGGCAGAUCAUCCCAGCCAUGGUGUAUGAGGAGCUCCAGCAGAGGGAGGCUGAGGCCAGGCUCUUCUACUGCUGCCAGAGCACGUCUGUGGAGACGGUCACUGAGCUCACAGAGUUUGCUAAGGCCAUACCAGGCUUUCAAAGCUUGGAUCUGAAUGAUCAGGUGACUCUCUUGAAAUAUGCGGUUUAUGAAGCCCUUUUUACACUUCUGGCCUCAUGUAUGAACAAAGAUGGCCUCCUCGUUGCGCGUGGUGGAGGCUUCAUCACCCGCGAAUUCCUCAAAGGCCUCCGCCGGCCUUUCAGUGACAUGAUGGAGCCGAAGUUCCAGUUUGCCACUCGCUUCAACUCUCUAGAUCUGGAUGACAGCGACCUGGCGCUCUUUGUUGCAGCUAUUAUCUGUUGUGGAGAUCGUCCAGGACUUGUGGAUGUACCUUUGGUGGAGCAGCUGCAGGAGAGCAUCAUCCAGGCUCUACGGCUCCACCUGCUGGCUAACCAUCCAGAUGACGCUUUCCUCUUCCCAAGACUGCUGCAGAAGCUGGCUGACCUUCGGGAGCUGGUAACAGAGCAUGCACAGCUGGUUCAGGACAUCAGGACAACAGAGGACACUUCUCUGCACCCGCUCCUGCAGGAAAUCUACAGAGACAUGUACUGAUAAAAAGCAGUUUUGAAUAUUUUGAAAGGGCAGCUUGCACGCUGCUGGGACCUAUCAUUUUUUUUGCACAAAGUCAUAAAUAAAAGCUAAAUAUUACUAAAAUACAAAUAUAUGUUGAAGCUGGAAUAUUAAUACAUUUACGUUAGUAACCGGAAAAUAUUUAAAGUGAUCGAAGCACUGAUCUGACCCAAAGAAUAUAAAAAAAAAAAUGGAUAUCCUUCUAUGGGGUUAGACUACGGUAGUCCUAUUUAUUGUGUGUAUUUAUUGAAAGGCUGCCUAAUUUACUUUUGUCUAUUUUAAGAUUUAAUGUUUUAGAAAUACCAGAAUCUGGGCUGUUAAUAUACGCUGCUUGAGACCAGAUUAAAUAAAAAAUCUUUUUAUUAUAUACAGCAGUUUAUGAUGUUACAAAUUUAUAUUGAAAUUACAUUAUAUAUUAAAAAAAAUCAUACCUCUCCAUAGCUUUUUAUAAUUUACUUUUUUCAGGUUUCUAAUCUGCACGGUAGAUUAUAUCUUUGCGUAAAUCACACCCCUUGCCAGUAAUAAAUAUUUUCACUAAAAAUAGUCUGAUAACUUUGAUCGUUUAGAAUUUUGUAAAUAUAACAAGAAUCCAGAGACGGCAGCUAAAGAUUGUAAAGUAGCUACCAAAUAAGGAAAAUUUAUACAUUAUGUGGUUAUUUCAAAGUUUGAAAUAAUCUUGUAUUUUGUAAUAAAAUUCUUUAUAUUUUUUAAAAAUCAUGUACAGUCCGAGCUAUUAUUUCAGUUAAACUUAUAUUCUCUAGAAGUGUUAUAUAAAUUAAAGCAUUUAAUGAUUUCUUCUUCAAUGCUGUGAAAUGUACAUUCAUGUAGCUGCCUGCUGAAGAUACAGGUUAUGUUUUUAUGUCUUUUGUGGGUUUUUUUUCUGUUCAUAAUGAGUAAGAUAAACUGUUUUUUUCCUAAUUCUUACAUUGAUUUCUGUUUUUAUACAUAUUUGUUUUGCAGAUAAAAUAUAAAUCAUUUAAUGUGGGUUUUGUAUUUACUGAUAAAUCAUGGAUGGGGCUCCAAAUUUACAGAGCAAAGAGAUGUAUCAAUAAACUGGUGUAUAAAGCUUGUUUGUGUCAGCCUGUCUUCAGAAAUAUAAAUAUGAGCACUUACACAAUAUUAUGCUGCAUGCAAUUAAUUGAAUUGUAUUUAACUAGUAUUUAAGGGCCAGUAAUGAAUAAAUUAAACUACAUUUCUCAGGUUUUUUAAACUGUUGAUUGAACUCCA